CUUGGCUGGAUGAUAUUCAAACAGGACCCCAAAAAGCUUGGUCGAACCGACAUGACUGAUCUGAAUCAAAAUCGCAUUGUGAUGUGGCAGCAUCGGAACUAUCUACCAGCUGUAAUUGUCAUGGCCUGGACUUUUCCGGCUCUGGUAUGCGGCCUAUGGGGCGACCGGAUGGGUGGCUUCAUCUACGCCGGCAUAAUACGGUGCUUCCUCCUCCAGCAGGCCACGUUCUGCGUGAACUCUCUCGCUCAUUGGAUCGGUGAGCAGCCGUUUGACGACCGUCGCUCUCCCCGUGACCACUUCCUGACAGCCGUGGUAACUCUGGGCGAGGGCUAUCACAACUUCCACCAUGAAUUUCCUUCAGAUUAUCGAAAUGCUAUCGAAUGGUGGCAAUAUGAUCCUACCAAAUGGAUGAUAUGGCUGUGGAAACAAGUUGGGCUCGCCGACGACCUCAAGCGCUUCCGCCGAAACGAGAUCGAAAAGGGGAGAAUCCAACAGCUCCAGAAGGCGCUGGAUCGGAGGCGUAGCAAAUGCGAUUGGGGGCUUCCGCUGGAACAACUUCCCAUCAUGUCGUGGGAUGACUUUGUGACAGAAACUCAGGUCAACACUAGGACACUCCUAGUUGUGGCUGGUGUCAUCCACGAUGUUGCAGAUUUCAUCCAAGAGCACCCAGGCGGCAGGUCCCUAAUUGCCGCUUAUGUUGGCAAAGACGCCACUGCUGCUUUUAAUGGUGGCGUGUAUAACCAUUCAAAUGCGGCGCAUAAUUUGCUGGCAACCAUGCGAGUUGGCAUCUUGCGGGGUGGGGGCCUCCUGGCUACCUCGACCGUGGGCAAGCCCGUCCGACAGCGCUCUGCUUUCGCGGUCAAGGAAACUCACCACGUUCCUCGCAGGUGGACUGAGACUCGCCGGCCAGAUGCUGACCAGAAGAUCUCUCUGCGCAUCGGUCUGAAACAGGGUUCGUUCUCAGACUUGGAGCGGCAGCUGUAUGAGGUGUCAGAUCCUGAUCACCCGUCGUACGGUCAGCACCUGAAGGCGCACGAGUCGGCGCUGAAGUACAGCUCUGCCCGUGACUGGAUCACAGUCACCCUCCCGGUCGCGGACAUCGAGGCAAUGCUGGACGCAAAGUACUCGGUCUACCGCCAUGAAGAUGGGUCAGAGGUUCCUAAGUCUUUUGCCCUCAAGGUUGAGACGCUUGAGGACAAGAAGCCAGCUACGAAGCUGUACAACAAUGGCUCUGUAUCCGAUGUCUGUGUCUGGGAUCACGUCACCCCGACGUGCCUGAGGACACUAUACGGGACUAUCGACUACCAGACACAGUCCAAUGAUACAAACAUCAUGGGCCUAGUUGACUACCUCGGCGAAUCCAACAACAGGAAUGAUACCUUCCAAUUCCUCUCAGAGUAUCGACCCGAGGCCAAGUCCGGAGCCUACGACUUCAAGUUCGAUUCCAUCGCGAACGGAACAACGACGCAGAAGGGCUGGGACGCUGUGACGGGCUUUGGGACGCCCAAGUUCAAGGAGAUUCUUGAGCUGCUCGGUGUCGGUAAUGCUUCGUUCACGGGGAGGAAACAGGGAUGGAGUGUGGCCCAGUAG